GUUUGGCUUGUCCCAUCUUUCCUUGAUUUAAUUUUGUCUUUGACUUGUUCUCUGUAUGAAUCAUCUGUUUCGAAUACAUUUUUGGUCUGGACUUUCACCUUUUGAAAGAUGAUGUUUCCAGUUUACAAUCAAGGAAAUCGGGUUCGUAAAAAAUUUGAAGUCGGUUUGACAAGAUGAAGUCAGGAUGGAGUGGAAGUUUGACUCGCUUGAGGCCUUGGCGUGCUGGCGAACUGGCUGUGAUUCUGACUAAAAUGAAGGGUUUUCAACGUUUAGUUUGUGCCAACCUCUUCAGACGUCAUACUUGCACCGAGGUCACAAAAGAUGGGCGAAUAACAACCUCUACUUUAGUGCAGAGGUGGUGGACGCAGUUACAAGUGAUGCUUAUGCGCCAGUGGCUAUCGACACGACAUGGGGAGAUUCGUUUUCAUUUCCUCUGCACACAGAUGGCGAGCCAUACUGGAAUCCAGGACAAGCAAUAUAAAGUGAGCUUAGAAAACGUAAGCCCGCUAGAAGUUGUUCUCAUGGACAGGAGCGAUGGCGGUUUCCAGUUAGAACUUGACUAGAUCGCAGUAUACAAUGAUCUAUCGCAUUUAGAAAAAAAAUUCGCCUAUGAAGCAUAUGCGCUUCCUCUGUGGAAUACACACGAGUUUUAGAUGAUUCGAUAUACAUAUUUACAGACAUAAAUACUUA